AAAGCAACUGUCUGGUUGUAUGUCCCCGAGUUACACUGCAGUACUAAAUGUUGGAGCGAGGCAAUACCGGGAGAAUCCAGGCAGCAGGCUUCACCCAGAGAGGGAGGGUGAGGGGAGGAGAGAGACGGAGAGAGGAGAGAGGAGGAAUGAAAGGGGAGAGAGAGGGACCGAGACCGGCGAGCGGGAGACAGGAGCGGAAACCACAGAGGUAGAGUCAGGGCCGACACCGAAGAAACGUAGACGCACAGGGAGGGGCCAAUAUUAGUGUACAGAGAGAAAGAGGGAACGCGGUGCGGUGACACCUAGCCUCGGAGACAGUGGGAGCUCCGAGCCCACGGAGAGCGGGGGAGUUCCGCUUCCUCCCGCCCCAGCGGCUCCCGCCCCGCCUGGGCGCAGCCGGCCGUCCCGGCUCCGAGGGUGCAGCGCGCCCGGACGCAGCGAGAGUGCGGGGAGCUGGGCUCCAGCACGACCCCGCCGCUCGGGUUUGGGUGUCCUCAGGCUCCGCGCUCCUCCUCCCCUCCUCCAGAUGGGACUGGCUCUCCUCUUUGCAAAGCCAGGCUCGCGGGGAGACGUGGUGAGCAGUAGCCAGCAGCUGCUGUGCCGUGGACGCCGCUGACCGCCGCGCGCCCGGACCGGGUGUCCGCAUGAGUGCCUCUCCCAGCAGAUCCAGCGCCAAGCCGGCUCCCCAACCUGGUCUGCUGAACGCAAACCGCUGAGAGUUUGCUGCACCGCCCCCUGGGGCCCCUGGCUGCCGAGUCCCGCUAAGGCAAAGACGCCAGCAAGCGAGGGAGCGCAGCGGAAGAAAAACAAGUGGGCGCGCGAGGGGAGCCCCAGGAGGGCGGCCGGGUGGCUGGCAGGCGGCUCCCGCCCCUCCCGGGUAGCCUCGCCGGCGGCUGACGGCCCGGAGGACGCGCGCUCCGAAAAGUUAGACUCCGGGCGGCGGCGCGCCACGCCGCGUCCCCUCGCGUCCCUUCCUCGCUGCGCUCCGGGAAAGGAACUUGUUCCUCCGGCCUCAGGAUUGGGGCGUGUGCCGCGGGCCGAGGGUGGGGAGCAGCCAGAGGGAGACGCGAACGAGGCCGCUGGCGGAGGGCGCAGGAGGAGCGCAGAGGCGACGGCCCCCAUGCCGGCGGCCAACAUGAUGGAGAACCGGCCGCUGCCCGCCCUGCAGGUGCCCGAGCCGCAGGGUGCGCCCGAGGGCAGCCCGGUCUGGUCCAGUUCGUCGACCCCCACGCUUCGCCGCCGGCGCUUCAAGAUGCGCCGCAUGAAGAACGUACAGGAGCAGAGCCUGGAGGCCGGGCUGGCCCGGGACCUGCCCGGCGUCUUGGCCCCCGGCAAGGAGUUCCUGCAGCUGCCGUCCAUCGAGAUCACGCCCUCCAGCGACGAGGACACCCCGUGGUCCAACUGCUCCACACCCAGCGCGUCCCCGCGCCGAAAACGCUUCCUCCUCCGCAAGUGGCUGAGGGUGAGGGAGCGGAAGGAGUGCAGUGAAAGCAGGAUCUCACUCUGUCACCCAGGCUGGAGUGCAGUGGCACGAUCUCGGCUUACUGCAACCUCCACCUCCCGGAUUCAAGCAAUUCUCCUGCCUCAGCCUCCCGACAGCCAACAGAGCAGUCAGCAGAGCAGCCACGAUGAUGAUUCUAGCAGGUUCCUGAGUCCUCGAGCGCGGGAAGAAAGCACUGCCAGUAACUCCAACCGCAGCACGCCGGCCUGCUCGCCUAUCCUCCGGAAGCGGUCUCGCUCGCCAACCCCGCAGAACCAGGACGGAGACACCAUGGUGGAGAAGGGCUCAGAUCACUCCUCGGACAAGUCCCCGUCCACACCGGAGCAGGGCGUGCAGCGCAGCUGCUCCUCCCAGUCCGGCCGGAGCGGCGGCAAGAAUUCCAAGAAAAGCCAGAGUUGGUAUAAUGUGUUAAGCCCCACCUACAAGCAGAGAAAUGAAGACUUCAGAAAGCUCUUUAAGCAGCUUCCAGACACGGAGCGCCUCAUUGUUGAUUACUCAUGUGCACUCCAAAGAGACAUUCUCCUUCAGGGCCGACUCUACCUCUCUGAAAAUUGGAUCUGCUUCUACAGCAACAUCUUCCGCUGGGAAACUCUGCUGACAGUCCGUUUGAAAGACAUCUGUUCCAUGACUAAAGAAAAAACAGCUCGCCUCAUUCCCAAUGCCAUCCAAGUUUGCACUGAUUCAGAAAAGCACUUCUUCACUUCGUUUGGGGCCCGGGAUAGGACAUAUAUGAUGAUGUUCCGGCUCUGGCAGAACGCUCUCCUUGAAAAGCCUCUGUGUCCCAAGGAGCUUUGGCACUUUGUUCACCAGUGCUAUGGGAACGAAUUGGGCCUGACCAGUGAUGACGAGGACUACGUGCCCCCUGACGACGACUUCAACACAAUGGGAUACUGCGAAGAGAUCCCUGUGGAAGAGAAUGAAGUGAAUGACAGCUCAUCCAAGAGCAGCAUAGAGACCAAGCCAGAUGCCAGUCCACAACUGCCCAAGAAAUCCAUCACCAACAGCACACUGACAUCCACAGGGAGCAGUGAGGCCCCCGUCUCGUUUGAUGGGCUGCCCCUGGAGGAGGAGGCGCUGGAGGGAGAUGGGUCCCUGGAGAAGGAGCUCGCCAUUGACAACAUCAUGGGGGAGAAGAUUGAGAUGAUCGCUCCUGUGAACUCCCCUUCACUGGACUUCAAUGACAAUGAGGACAUCCCCACUGAGCUCAGUGACUCUUCCGACACACACGAUGAAGGGGAGGUCCAGGCCUUCUAUGAGGACCUGAGUGGCCGGCAGUACGUGAAUGAAGUCUUCAACUUCAGCGUGGACAAGCUCUAUGACCUCCUCUUCACCAACUCGCCCUUCCAGCGGGAUUUCAUGGAGCAGCGGCGCUUCUCUGAUAUCAUCUUCCAUCCAUGGAAAAAGGAGGAGAAUGGAAACCAGAGCCGAGUGAUUCUUUACACCAUCACCCUUACCAACCCUCUGGCUCCCAAAACUGCCACUGUCAGGGAGACACAGACCAUGUACAAGGCGAGCCAGGAGAGUGAAUGUUACGUGAUAGAUGCCGAAGUCCUCACCCACGACGUGCCCUACCAUGACUACUUCUACACAAUCAAUCGCUACACGCUCACCCGCGUGGCUCGGAACAAGAGCCGACUCAGGGUCUCCACAGAGCUACGCUAUCGAAAACAGCCCUGGGGAUUAGUGAAAACGUUCAUCGAGAAGAACUUCUGGAGUGGGCUGGAGGACUACUUCCGCCAUUUAGAGAGCGAGCUGGCCAAAACGGAGAGCACUUAUUUGGCUGAGAUGCACAGACAAUCUCCCAAAGAGAAGGCCAGCAAGACUACAACGGUGCGGAGGAGGAAGCGUCCCCAUGCCCACCUGCGAGUCCCUCACCUGGAAGAGGUGAUGAGCCCGGUCACCACGCCCACAGAUGAGGAUGUGGGCCACAGGAUCAAACAUGUGGCAGGUUCCACGCAGACGCGGCAUAUCCCCGAGGACACCCCCAAUGGUUUCCACCUGCAGAGCGUGUCCAAGCUGCUGCUGGUUAUCAGCUGUGUUCUGGUGCUGCUGGUCAUCCUUAACAUGAUGCUCUUCUACAAACUCUGGAUGUUGGAAUACACCACGCAGACCCUCACUGCCUGGCAGGGUCUAAGGCUCCAAGAAAGGUUACCCCAGUCUCAGACAGAAUGGGCCCAGCUCUUAGAGUCCCAACAAAAGUACCACGAUACUGAGCUCCAAAAAUGGAGGGAGAUCAUCAAAUCCUCAGUGAUGCUCCUUGACCAGGUGAGAUGCCCCACCUUCUCUGCUUGCCCUGGUCUUUGGGAGCGGGGACUCCUUCCCUUAUGCUGUGAGAAAGAUCCUUGUCUCUAUCACCACCCUCCAGACUUCUCCCUCCAAUUCAUUCUUCCUCCAGGCCAUGCAUUGUUCUAAAAUGGAAAGCCUUCCUUGAGUGGGCUGCUAGAAAUGCAGGUGUAUUCUAAAAAAUAAGAACAAUAAAAUGACCUACUGAAUUUGCACCAGGAAAGCUGUAGUUUAGGUGGAAGGAGAACUCUUUUUAUUUUUUUUUUUGGUAACCCAUAACCAUCUGACAAGCAUUUAAACAGAACCCCCUCAACCUUUUUACAGAGAUUUGUCUUCCCAGAGGGCAUGUCUUUGAGUUUUUUCAAAUGUUUACUGCCCCCUCCUUUGACAGUCAGUGGCACUGCACUGAUAGUCUGGGAAGAUGGCUGUACUUUGUCUUCUUUUCAUAGCAUCAUCUUUGUCGUACAGUUUGCCUGUAUACUCCCCCACAAAACUAGAUCAACUAUUUAGGCAAAUCAUCCUGAGGCAAAAUCAAUAAUUAGCCUAGUUUCCUUGGGGGAGGGAGCUUCCUGCUUCCCCAGAAUAGUUUAGUAUCUUAUAAAAUAUGCCUCCGUGUGGCUACCUAGAGAGCAGGAAUCUGCCUUUGCUGUGAGAAUUAGAAAAUAAUAGACUCAGGAUAACAACUUCUCUCCCUAAAGAGUUGCCUUUCUGACGUUUUGUGACCAGCCAGAGAUGGCAUCCCAGCCUUGCCACUAACUAAUUUUGUGACCAUGAGUAAGGGACCUUGAGCUUCCGUUUCUUCAUUUAUAAAAUAGGAAUUGCACUCAUAGCUUCAUGGAACUGUCGUCAGGAUUUGAUGGCAUGUGGGCAGUGCUCAUUAAUAUUAAACUUUAUUUCCUUGCAUUGUUUGGUCUUAGCUCUAAGUAAGGAAAAAGAGGCCGGGCUUGGUGGCUCACGCCUGUAAUCCCAGCACUUUGGGAGGCUGAAGAGGGCAGAUCACUUGAGGUCAGGAGUUUGAGACUGGCCUGGCCAACAUGGUGAAACCCUGUCUCUACUCAAAAUAUAAAAGCUAGCCAGGUAUGGUGGCGCACACCUGUAAUCCCAGCUACUUGGGAGGUUAAGGUAGGAGAAUUGCUUGAACCUGGGAGGCGGAGGUUUCAGUGAGCUGAGAUAGUGCCACUGCACUCCAGCCUGGGCAACAGAGUGAGACUUCAUCUCAAAAAAAAGAAAAAAAAAGGGAAAAGAAUCUUAAUGCAGCUAUCAGGACCCAGUUGGAUGUGUUUAGCUUUGUCACCACACUUAAGGAGGGCAUUUUUUUUUUUUUAACCAAAAGGGGACAAAAAGCUUAGUUAGGAGUUUAGAAGCCCUACCCUUUCAAGAAGGGUUGAUGGAAUUGAAGACAAACCCAGGAGAAGGGAACACGGGGGUGAGGAGAACAGGGUGGUCUUCAGACACCCAGGCCAACAGGUGUCAAGGGUUAGACUUACUGGAAAACUCCAGAGCACUGAACUAGGGCUAGAAGUUUAAGAAAGUAAUUUUUCUUCAUCAUCAAAUGCAAACAGCUUGUGGCUAAUGCUGUCCAGCAAUGGAACAGGCUACUGUAGAGAACUGAGAUUCCAACAUUGAAAGUGUUCAAGGGGUAACUAGAUGAUAAUGGAUAAAGAACUUAUAGAUUAAAUUGGGGCAGUUGGACUAGAUGACCCAGGGGUCUCUUCCAACUCUAGAAUUCUAUUUCAGAAUGGGGCCCGUUAACUUGGGGGUUUGGGCUAUCAGAUUUAUAGCCUAGUGGACUUUACCCUACAAGUGUUAAGAGAGUUGUUUUGUUUCAAUCUCUUUAAAAGUAACUUUAAAAAUAACAGAAUGGCCCCCUCCUCUGUCUUGAGCAGAAGAUAUAAAUGAACCAGAGAUAAGAAAGUGGUAGAUUAAGCAGAGAGACCAGACUUUCCCUAAAUCAGUAACCAUUUACCCCAGAAAUGUUGUCUUAUGUUGUAACAGAGCAGUUUACCCAGAGAUAGUAUGUAAAUAUGUGAAUAUUUAAAUAUGUGGUGGUAUGAUGGGCCAUUUUACAAUUCUCCUGCCAGGCUCCAUUCUAGUCUCCCAUUUAGACUGCAGUCUGUGACCUAAAGAUGUUAUUUUGCUGAUAUGGAUACCAACUAGGAACCCACUCAGUUCUCUGCAUGGUGCCCCUGGGUGCACAAGGGAAGGUUUAGACACAGUUCUAGUCCUAGCAAACAUGAAACCAAGCAAUGAAAGAUGACUGCAGUCCAGAGCCCGAGUGUGCUGUGUGAGAGACCAUGAAGGAGAGGGAUGACUGGGAGCUGGAGAAAGUUUGGAUUUGUUCUGAGCCUUAGCAGACGGGUGAGAUUGGAAUAGGCAAGAGCACAAAGAUUCCCAGGCGGGGGGAACAAUGUGGCUCAAUGUACAAAGACAGGCAUGUGGUAUAUUAAGGAUCAUCAAGGAAACCAGAUGAAACAAGUAGAUCAAGUCAGUGACAGCCUAAGAGGCUCUUUGUAGCAGUUGAACACUUCAAGAGAGUUCUUGAUCUAGCACUGAGACCCAGUAAGCCUUACCCAAGGGCUUCCCCAUGCUAGAUUGUCUGUCUCCUUUCUUUCUUUCCCUCUUUCUUUCCUUCCUUCCUUCCUUUCUUUU